AUGCACUGUAUUGCAGGAGAUGCUCAUUGUGUUCUGGGAGUGCCUGUACUGUUCCCGGAGCUGCUGAGCAGUGGUGGCCUGCAGGCCACAAUACCGUCCGCAACUCAUCAUGCACCGACCAGACCAGUCGAUAUGUAUCAUGCAAUUGAACGAGGUCGGCGGAUCCCGCAAUCCUUGGGCCACUGUGUUUACGGCAUUCACCAAAUUUUGGUCGAUGUCUGGGUGCAUCAUCAUUCUGCUUGGCCGAUUGCUGGUCUCUCGCAUGGUAAAUCACAGAUGCUGGGCAGAGUAGGGCAGAGCAGUGCCUCAGCCUCUCGUACAGGCUACAAUGCCGCUGUGCGGAGGGCCCCCUGUGGAUUUGCUGAGGCCAUGGCUUCGACAUACGCUUCGAGCUCGACCUCUCAUCAUCGGACCUUCACUUCGACCUCACGUCGGAAAGCUGGUAAACGGAAAAAGGAUCAAGAAUGGAUGCAGGGAUCAGCAUUCAAGCUCGCUCAAGCGAUGCGAGACAAGAUCGAGAAGCCGCUCGAAAUAUCCUCGAGCGAGCCCGUUGAGCUCCCUGGAUUAGUCGACUUUCGACGGGUUCUUGGUCGGCCGAGAGUCAGAGAUCACAAGAAGCCAUACGAAGAGCGCAAGGCACUCUACGAAAAAGGUUUCGAUCGGGUCAACAAAGCCUUCAAUGUCAAGCAAUUAAGGGAGAUACUAGGAGCCCAGAGCGAUAUGUUGGCCGUGUCGGGAGGUCCCAUCAAAAAGGGUAACAAAUACGCCACGAAGCCUAUCAUCGUGCAGCAGCUCAUGGAGAAUGAGGGCUGGUCGGUGCCUGUGGACGAGAGAUCAGCACAUUUGAUCGUAUCUGAACUCCUGGAUAUACCUCCAAACGAAUUAUGGCUUUUCUUGCGAGACACUCAAUAUCUACAGAGAUUCAUGAUACAGCAAGGCGUUGUCUUCUCCGUCGUCGAGGUAGAGGGUGAUAUGCCUGGAGUGAGAUUGAAGAUCGAAGGACCGGCGAGCGCCAUCGAUCAAGUGAAAUAUGAUUUGAAGGGCAAACGAAAGUACAUGACCUUGUCAAACAUCGAUCACGAAGAUAUGAACGGAUUCAGGCUGGAACCCGCCCUUGCACAUUUCCUGUCCCUCAUUACUGGAGCCUACAUUGAGUCGUACGAAUCUGGGUACCGCGUGUCUUCCAUGCGGCCAGCGUCUGUGCAGUCUGCACGCAAUUUGAUCAUGCUCGCUACCUUGCGGGCUCGAAUUCUCCCCCGAGCACGACCCCUCAUUGCCCUUCAGUCACCUGGCCUAGAGAUGCCACUCUUUGAGACCCGAGACCUCGCUCUCAUCCCUUUCUUCCCAUCCCCAUCAUAUUUAAUACCUUGGGACUCACUCACGACAUCAUUUGCCGCCCUGCUCUUCCGACUCAAGCGACCGGCACAAUGGCACAGUAUGAGCGGCAUACCUGGGCCAUCUGGAGGACCCACCCUAGCCAACAGCACUGUUCACUCAAUCUGGGAUCCUGAGCAGGCUCGUGUCACCCUGCCGGCUAGCUUUCAAGAAUUACAUCAACAAAUCCGAUCCCGUUUCCCGUCGACUGAACAGGUAGCUUCUACAAUCACAUUCGGCCACAUGCUAGUCAGACAGACUUCAUCAGCUCCCGAAUCUGCCUUGAGUCCGCCGAUUCGUGGGAAGAUGCCAGUGGAGAAAUUCGCUCCACAUCUCGCAGAAUCUUUCCGACCCGUCUUCACGCCAGGCUUGGUGCUUUCUGCUGUUCAUUCACCGCCGACUUCUCGUACCAAGCGUAUGCGUCGACUGCGAUAUCGCACGCUAGAUGGAAGCCGAGCCGCCAGCUUCAUUUUUACUCAUCCCGCGGGAGAACAUGAGAAUCAAAUAACGCCAGACGAUAAUGGACAAUCCCAAAACUGGUUAUCCAAACUUGACGAUAUGCUUGCCAAAAUGUCUGGCUCGUCUCAACCUGCAUGGCUUGCUGAGGAGAGAGACAACGCUAGCAACGACAAUGAAAGGUCAUCCGCCCCGGAUCCUGCACCAAGCGAAGACCUCUCGGACAUCUUCGAUGCUCAAUUCAGCGCAAUCCAUGAGAUAGACAUCCUGAUGCCCGAUCACCCCAACGAUGCGCGCCUAUCAAUGAGCUCGUCCGAAGUCAUUCCGCAAGAAGAUAUACCUGACGACGUUUUGUCCUUCUUCGACGCCUACACCGAGAACCUCACAAGACUUAAGCCUGUAGACUCUGGCGCGCUGGAUCCUCAUGAAAGUGGUCAAUCGCAACCUAGCAAGCCAAAACUUCUCCCUCCUCCAGCGGAAAUCACCAUAACCCGAGGGGAGGAUGAUAUCCACCUUGUACUUGAAGCGCACGAGGAUGUGGAAAUCGUAGAGGACGACAUUCAAGACAAGACCGUGGUCCGGCGACUGGUCAGGGUCAAAGACAUGACGAUCGGAGUCGACAGACUAGCCUCACACUCCGAGGUCGAAUGUAAUGGGUCGAAUUUUGAGCCCUUCUGGACCGAAAUAAAUGAUAGCAUGCGUUACGAGCCAGAAGUGAGCCUUUUCUUGCCGCCGCGUUGGACAAGUUGGAGUAGCUACUAGACGAUUAUCCAUGUUACUAUACAUCACGGACACAUGCGCGUAUCUUGCAUUUAAUCAAUCACAUU